CGGAAAUUGAUAUGCGUUUUUGCAAUGUAUACUGCUUGGUAUAGAGAGCCUCGAAAAUGAAUGUCUGGUCCGGUGCUAUUGCGCUAGAUGAAAAGUCGCAACUUCGAGGCGUACAACUUAUCGAUCGAUCGACAAACUGGCAGUCGGAUAUACCCAAGGACUCAACCCUAAGCUUUUGUUCUUUUGUGAACCCAGCCUUAAUUCCACUUUACGCUCGCAUUGGCCCAAAUCUCGAACUCCACACGACAGACCCGGAAACUUCGCAGUGGUUGAAGCACAAAUUCCUCGGCAAUAUCUGGCUGGAAGAUGAGGACCUGGACUGUUUUCAGACAAUUCAAUGCCCAGUUGGGUUUCUCGUGAGCCUUGACGGAGCGGCACGACCGCGAAGCUCAGGAGUGACCACGACCGAUCUGCUGGUCUACGGGAUUCUGUCGACCGUAACCACAUUCGAACGGCCGCCUACUCCGCCUGUAUCCUCUUCGCCAGAGACCGAAGAACCCAUUUCCGAUGUCGUUAAACAGGAACUAAGGAUAUAUGCUGCACCGAUCUCCGGAUCACUCAUUGCCAAAGCGCAGGCCCUUGCCACAAGUCAUGAGGGCUCCGGCGCAAUAACUGGGGAUGAGCAAUUUGGUCAGUUCCUCCCGGACUUCCAUUCUCCUAGUCCGAAACGCAAACGCGUUGCUACUCUUUUUGAAUCGGUUGCACAACAUCACAAGCGAGUACGGGAGAGGGGAGGCGAGGCCGUGUCCCAGUUGAUGGCGCAUAGCCUUUCUCAAUCAUCCCAGCAGCUACAAGGUCUUAGAAUCAAACGAGAGUCCGAAGAACCGGGCCUCCCUAUAUUGAGCAAGAUCGCUUCUCACCGGUCGAGGUCCCUUUCUAUUUCGAAUCUCAAUCCGAAUAAAGCGGCCGAGAGCCGUCCAGAACAUCCACGAUCGAGUAGCAACCGCGGCCAUGCCCGCGAGCUCGUCUCCAAAAGAGGUACACCUCUUCCGUUUUCCGAUGCUUCUACACGAAGAGACCGUGGAGCUUCGCCGAGCUUGUUAUCUUCAGAAGACAAGAUCGAGCUUCGGUCAGGACCGAAGGAUGCAGAUACAGUAAUCUCCGAGAAUAAAAACAUUAUCACCCGCACAAUCUUGACCUGUAUGCGAUUAUAUGGGUUCAAUCGCUCAGCGCCGCGCUCUGCUACUUCUACCAAGCCACCGGCCAUGGGCAAUCACCAUGAUGUGAUUCCUUUGAACAGCGAAACACAAGAUUCACAAAUCCCAGUUGGCGAGGGCCCUGCUUCCAACGCGCAUGGCGAAGACGAGUUUAAAGCUAUGUACCACGCAACCUAUCGCGCGUCGACAUUUGCCCUAAGAAAGUACUUGAAGGAGUCCCCAGUGCGUGAGACUGGUUCGAAGAGUCUGCCGCCGAUCCUGGAGAAAGAAAAGGCGAUGACAUAUAUUGAUGGAUUUCUGAAACUCUUCUGCGAGGAAGAGAAUUGAGCCGGCCGGACCGGGGCUAAGAAGCAAUGACGUUACGAAGUAUAUACAGCCAUUUAUUCCCUGGACUAAGGUCGAACCGGGCAGAUAAUUUAGACACACUUCCUGAUUAAAUGAAGUC